CAACAUAUGCUAUAAAGCCCCACGUCACACAGGUAGGGAGGGUGUGUUGCAGUGAGGUCAGACCAGAUAACGCCGAGGAGUGGGCAGGAUGUGGACGUUGCCGACUUUUCCGCUGCUUUCAUGCAUCUUGACAGCUACGUUUAUCAGGUUUGCGGCUGCUACUUGUGCUACCUGUCCAUACAAUGCGACAGUUGAUGCCGAUUGCUCAGACCUGAAAACCUACCUGGGGUGCCUUGAGACUGCCUCGGGAACAGGAGCUUCGUGUAACCUGUCAGCAGCUGAUGCCUUGGAGAUCAAAAACGCUAAUUGCACCGCUGUAUUGCCCCAGGCAUGCAGUUGCCAAAAGGACUUAUGGGGGACAAACGGGACUGAUCACGAGAAAUGCAGUUCACUGACGACCUACAUUGCAUGUCUCCACGUUACCGUUAACGACACAUGUACGCCUGGGUUCAACAUUUCAACUCUUGUUGCCAAUGCUGACUCGAGAUAUGCAGCUUGCAGUCCAUGUGCCACCUUCGACUGUCAUGACAAGGGGAAAUGCAUGGCUGACAAAAAGGACAAAACAAAGGGAGCGUGUGUCUGUGACAACGGGUUUACGGGAGACCAUUGUGAAAAUGGUGCGCCAAAGGAAAUCUCUCUGUUGUCACUCCUGGCUACUCUCCUGGCUGCCAACAUAUUCAGGAUGACCCUGACAUGAAGUGAACUAAUAGAGUUGAACGUUUCUUGGCUACUUGCAAACUUCUGAAAUUACAAUUACAGACAUGCUAUCUGUGUAUCUAUAUAUUGCCGGUUUUUGAAUGUGACAUGUCUAUACACAAUUUUUAAAAGUCGACUUGUGAAUGAAUUUCUAACAUACCAGUACAGCGCUGUUGAUGAUCUGACUUAAACAGUACAAAUGUGAUGUAUUGUCCUGAAGGGUAUACUGAAAUAUUGUAGUGAUGAAUGAAGCUGAUGACGUGGCCUUUGUGUAGGUCACUGAAUAAAGUGGAUGUUAUCUACCCUUUUGAACAAUGGUGAGUUACAUGACGAAUUAUUAAUGACUGUAUCACUCGUUUCGUUAAUAAACACCCCUUUGCUGAACAAAACAA